GCUCUGACACAUCAUCUUGUCAGUGUUUGUAAAUGAAGUAGCUGAGUUCACGUUGUCGCUAUUAGACAUCAGACAUCUGCUGGCGCUCUGCUCAGUAGCCUGGGAAGCCUCGACAGAGAGGAGCAGCCUGCGGAAGCGAGAUGGAGGGCGAGAGUGAAAGUUUGCUCAGAUCCCGCAGCCGAACCGCCAACAAUCUGCCCGCCUCCUCAGAUUUGGAUGGAGGUUCUAAUCCUGGAAGACAUCCGCAUGGGAAUGGCGAUAACCACCAUAUAACCAGCAAUGGGAAAAUUGAAGUGGAGCAUGUGAUCAGUAGAAAGCUUCAACUCAAAAGGAAAGCAGAGGGCCUGAAGAAUGACAUGAUGCGACAGUUUGAAAGCCAGGUCCAUGAUUUUAUGGACAGUCUAAUUGAAGAGUCAGCUAGCCUCGAGUCCACACCUCUACCUGCCGCCUUUUCACCUCCUUUGUCCGACAAGGAGAGAAGCAAACUCGGCCACUUUCAGCCUCCCCACGGCCGAGGAAAGCACUUUGUUAGUCGGAGAUCCCUGCUAGAUGAGCUGUUUGAGGUGAACCACAUUAGGACCAUCUACCACAUGUUUAUUGCCCUGCUCAUUCUCUUUAUUCUCAGCACACUCGUGGUAGAUUUCCUCGACGAAGGCCGACUCGUCUUGGACUUUGACCUGCUGGUCUAUGCAUUUGGACAGUUCCCUCUAGUGGUUUGCACGUGGCUUUGCAUGUUUCUGUCCGUAUUGCUGGUUCCUUACACGUUGUUCCAUCUGUGGUCACAAAGCCAGUCAGGCUCUCAUGGCCAACAGAGGAUGUACACUUGGCUGUUUGGUUCUGCAUUCCUGCUCUAUCAAGGCCUGGGUUUGGGUUUCCUCCCAACAUAUGUGGUUCUGACCAACGGUUUACCACCUGCUUCCUGCUUCAUCGUCAUCAUAGAGCAGGUUCGUCUAAUGAUGAAAGCCCACUCCUUUGUCAGAGAGAAUGUGCCAAGGGUCCUGACUUGGGCAAAAGAGAAGACGGGCCAUGGUCCUGUGGUUCCUCAAGUUUCCCAGUAUCUAUACUUCCUCUUUGCACCCACUCUUAUUUACAGAGACAAGUACCCCAGAAACCCGGUGACCAGAUGGGGCUAUGUUGCCACGAAGUUACUACAGGUUCUUGGCUGUCUGUUUUAUGCCUAUUACGUGUUUGUGCGGCUGUGCAUCCCACAGUUUCGUAGCAUCAGUCUGCAGCUGUUCAAUCUGCGCGCCAUGGUCCUUUGCGUCUUUAACUCUAUACUGCCAGGAGUUUUGGUUCUUCUGUUGGGUUUUUUUGCCUUUCUCCACUGCUGGCUCAACGCUUUUGCUGAGAUGCUUCGCUUUGCAGACAGGAUGUUUUACAAGGACUGGUGGAACUCGACAUCUUAUGCCAAUUACUACCGCACCUGGAACGUGGUGGUCCACGACUGGCUGUAUUACUACGUUUACAGGGACUUCCUGUUGAUAUCUGAGAAGCGUUUCCGACCAGCUGCCAUGCUUUUUGUGUUCACGGUGUCCGCAGUGGUCCAUGAAUACAUUCUAGCAGUGAGCUUCGGAUUCUUCUAUCCGGUGCUUUUCUGCCUCUUCAUGUGCUUUGGAAUGAUGUUCAACUUUAUUCUCCACGAUCAGAGGAAAGGCCCAAUUUGGAACAUUUUAAUGUGGACGUCCCUGUUUCUGGGUCAAGGGGUCAUAAUGUGUCUAUACUCUCAAGAGUGGUAUGCCAGAUGCUACUGUCCACUUAAAGAGGCUUCAUUCUUUGAUUUUGUGAAGCCUCGCUCCUGGAGCUGUCAGAGAGGUCCGAUGGCUCUGUCCGAUAAGAUGAAAUGGGACUAUUGAGAAAGACAUCAUCAGUCAACAUGGACUACACCAGCUCAUCUCUCACUGUUCUUUAUUUAUUGCAUUAUGAUUUAAGUCUUACAGUGUAUGAAUGUAUGGAGGAGGGUUAGAGAUGCCUUAUUUAUUGAGUUUUCCGUUGCCAAUGUUCAAGAGAAAUGUAUAAAAAAACUUGGCAGUGCCAACUUGAAUAUUGUUUAUCAUGGGUCCCUAUUGAUUCGGUCUCAUUUUGAAACUGCUCCUUGUGCAAAUAAUGACGUGGCAGCUUAAUACAAACAUUACACAAUGAACACGUUAUCCACAUCUUCUGUAAUAGCUGAUGUUCAACAAGGCAGCAUGUUGUUGCUUGUUAAAAAUGAAAUCGGUGAGUUAUCCUGCAAGAACUACUGUAAUAACAUCACCAGACAGAUUUUUUUUUCAAGUGUCUGAAAUUGUAUCACAACAAGAAACGUUGCAAGAUACUCAUUUACUACUAAGAUAUUUUUCAGGCUGAUGAAGCACAACUGAACUAAUCUGUUCCUCUAAUAAAGCCACAACGUAUAGAUACUUUGGUUACCUAAAUGAUAAAUGUGUAAAACCCAAGGAUUUACCGAGUAUUGAGAUGUGAAGGUUCUGUAACUGCUGAUAUUUUACUGAAUGUAUUCUAUAUUAAUAUAAGUACUUGGAAGAUAUUGAGGUUCUAUAAGAUAAUUGAAAAUGAGUAAUUUGAUAUUCUUUGUAUAUGGUAAAUAUUCAGAGUUCUAUAUAAUGACUUCCUAAUGAAACGGUUACAAAAUCUGUCAUAAUUGCAGCUGGCUGCUUAAAUGUCACAACAAUGUAAUACUCAUUAUUGCAAUUUCUGAUUACCUUCAAAUUAUUGUUUUGUAAUCAAAGUCCUACAAUGAUGCACUUUACUGUCAUAAAAGUAUGUAAUUUACUCUCC